GGAAGGAGACGCCAUUAGAGGGAGGAGAGGCAGCUCUCCCCAGCCUCGGGUCCCUGACGUGGUGGCCCGGGCCCUUCAUUCUGGGACUUUCUCUCGGCCCUCGCAGGCCUCGCCCGCGGGAGGACGCGGCGAGCGCCGGGCUCGGCGGGGCGUGAGAGAGCCGGGCCCGGGAGGAGCGAGCGCCCCGGCGGCGGCGGUGCGGGGCUCGGCGCGGCGCUGGGCUCGGGCGGCGGGGCAGCGGCGGCGGGAUGGCUGCGGCCGGCGGCGGGGCGGCAGCGGCGGCGGGCCGAGCCUACUCCUUCAAGGUGGUGCUGCUCGGGGAAGGCUGCGUGGGGAAGACGUCGCUGGUGCUGCGCUACUGCGAGAACAAGUUCAACGACAAGCACAUCACCACCCUGCAGGCAUCUUUCUUAACAAAGAAGUUAAAUAUUGGUGGGAAAAGAGUAAACCUUGCCAUAUGGGAUACAGCAGGUCAAGAGAGAUUCCAUGCACUGGGCCCAAUUUACUACCGAGAUUCAAACGGAGCUAUUUUAGUUUAUGAUGUAACAGAUGAAGAUUCUUUCCAGAAGGUAAAAAACUGGGUCAAAGAAUUACGGAAAAUGUUGGGAAAUGAAAUCUGUUUGUGUAUAGUUGGUAAUAAAAUAGACUUGGAAAAGGAGAGACACGUCUCUAUUCAAGAAGCAGAAUCGUAUGCAGAGUCUGUGGGAGCAAAGCAUUAUCACACUUCUGCUAAACAAAACAAAGGCAUCGAGGAACUCUUUCUUGACCUUUGUAAAAGAAUGAUAGAGACUGCCCAGGUGGAUGAGAGGGCAAAAGGCAAUGGCUCAAGUCAAGCCGGGGCUGCGAGGCGGGGCGUGCAGAUCAUCGACGACGAGCCUCCAGCUCAGAGCGGCAGCGCAGGGUGCUGUUCUUCCGGAUAACUGCUCACGGCUGUGAAACUCAAAACAAAACAGAACUGUGGAUCAUUGCCCUCAACAUGAAGACUGCCAUAUUCCAAGUCACAUCAUUUUACCAAUGGAGUUAUAGAAUUAACAGUAUUUUCAAUUAUGUUUAUAACACUGCAGAGACCUUAAGUGCUAAACUUAGUGGAGUUUGUGACCAGAGAAUUGGCAUUUUCUACAAAUGUUAACAAAGCAAUUACCAAUGGCCUUUUUACAUAUUUUUUUCUUUAAUGAGGAAUAAUAUGCAUGUAGAAAAGACCUACUUAAAGGCUUCAUUUAUAUUCUUUUAAAUCAGAUCUUUAUUUAAUAACUUAUAUAUGAUGUUGGAAUGGUAUACAUUUUUGCAGUCCUUUGUAUUUUGUGGUAGUUUGAAUUGUAUCACUUCUAAACAGCAUACUGUUUUUGUUUUUGUUUUUUGAUUAGCAGAUACGUGAAGUUCUAUUUUUGCAGGGUUUGCACAGGCCCCUAACUGUCUACUACUUUGAUAUAAUCUAUAAACAUCCUGUAUGCUGAGCUGGUAAAAUACAUUGUAAAUUACAUAUUAAAUAUUUUAUCUGCUUUUACAAGCGCAAGGUGCAAAAAUAUAUACAAUUGUCUUCUUGAUGACUGUAAGGUGAAUUAACCAUUGGUGAUAACACCUAAGCUUUUGACUCUGUUAUAACGCUCAUCAGCCCUUCACUUGUCUCACCGUGGGAGUGCGUGCUUACAUGUUCACAGACUGACCUGACUCGCUGCUUACCUGCUGCUGUCACCUUCGCCUCCCCUUUUGUCUGUUUUUGUUUCUUUUUCUUUUCUUUCUUUUUGUUUUUUGUUUUUUUGCCUCUAUGUCCCAGUGAUCCAAAAGCAGCAUUUGCCUUUUUAUUGUUAUUAAACAAGUUUCCUUCUGCCAAUGUUGUUUUAGAAUGGUUACCUGAGAAGAGCUUGAGUGCCACUUGCCAAGUUUCAUUUCUGCAAUGACUCAAGUUUUCUGUAGGCCUUUCCAGGAGAUGAGCUGCCUGGCCUGAGAAGAGGGCUCCCGUAGUAACCACUGGCCAAGGCAUCUUUAUACAGAGCGUGAGUGGUGAUGUACACCUCCAAGGCAGCAUUCCUGGGGCCCUUGUGUGUUAUUGCUAGUCAGAAAUGAAUAUACGAAGUUGUAUUCACUUUAUCAGAGUUUUCCUGAGUCUCUAUAGGAAGAAGCAUUUUGUAAUGCUGUUAUAGCAAACACUGGGAAGAUUCUAUUAUAAAAGCAUACUCUUGUUUCUUUUGUAAUUAGUCCCACCUUAGUUUUUUUUUUUUUUUUCAUUAGCAUUGGACUGAAAUUUGUUCAUUUAAAAAAGAAUCAGGCACUGCUCACAGAAAAAAAAACCAGAUUGUGGAAAUUAACAUAUGGAAAUUAACAUAAAUCAUUCUUGUUCUAUAUAUAUAUAUAUAUAUAUUUCCCAUUUCUGUCAUGCUUGGAAAACUAGUAAAUGUUGUGUGUAAGAUUGGAUGGAAUGGUUCCUGGAUUUCCUUCUUCUAGGAAGUAGAAUAUAGUUAAUGCAGUUAGUAAGCAUCUCUGAAGAUAUGAGGAGGUGAUGGUCACCGCGCGAGUGCUCCCAGAGCAUUCCCAGGGGAGUAGCUUAAACCUCCCCAAAUAGGCUAAAAGGUCCACCUUUCGUCUAAAGAACAGGAACUGAACUUAGCCUUGUGUUCUCUGAGCCCUCCCUUUAAAUUUACUUGUUUACUUACUUACUUAUUGGCCUUGCCAGAUUCAAACUGCUGACCACUGUGCUGUGUGCCUCACAAUGGUGAGAGUGGAAAGAGUCAGGAGAAUGGGCUGCGGUUGUGUCCCAUUCUGAGACGACUGUUCUGUGCCAGCCUGGGUUUCUUGUGAAGUUGGUGUCCAUGCAGGGGCUUAAGGGGCAGCAGAAAGCAUAAGUCGCUGGAAAAUGUAUUCCUACCUUCUGGCCUUUUCAGGAGUAAAGACUGCUGCCAAUCCUACUGUUGUAGAAAGGAAAUAUACUCUCCUCAUCGCAAUAGAGUACUGUUUCUAAACUAAAGAUGAAAUGAAAGUAAGUUAAACUUGACUGUUGAAGAGCUAGACUGGAGUUUUUCAUGCUCAGUUGUAUCAGAUUCACAUAGGAGCCUCUGCGCAGAUAUUCAUUGCUGGGGUAGAAACCGUCCUCCUUCAUGUUGUCCUGUGCUCUCCCCCACCCCCACCCCACCCCGUGAUCCAUGCUGAUUCAAUAACAAAAAUCAGCGGCCAGGUGUACCUGCUGUGCUAUAAGGCAUGGAAGAUUUUAAGGCAAAUGAGGUGAAUGGAAACUGGCCAGGACCAGUCCCUGCGGGCACAUGUAAAGGAAGACAAAGCCAAGGCAGACUGAGGGACAGGGUUUCCUGGAACUGUCUUCCUUCUGUUACAUCUCUGUGUUCCUAACAGCCGUGCUCCUAAGAAAAGGCACAAGACACUUCAGGGACUCUCCACAAGUGUAUAUACCUGUCCCAUCACUUAAAGCUGGUUUAAGACCCUCAUUACUAUUGUUGUUAUGUUAAAGUAUGCAGUCACUAUUCUUGUAAUCAGAUCCUGCGACUUGCUUUGCUCUGUGAUUAUGGAAGAAAGAUGCUUUUAAAAAUGUAUUCUGCAACAGUUUGGGGGUAAACUGAUCUGAAAAGAAACGAGUAUCAUGUUAUAUGAAA